UGUUCUGAAGGGGCGGUUACUAAUAUCCAAUAUGGCGGACGGGCAGGAUGAUCUAUCGCCUCUACGCGGCAAAAAACCCUGCAGAACAUGCACAGAUUUUAAGUCAUGGAUGAGGGGUAACCCAGCUAAUAAAAGUAAUAGGACAAAGUCUUCACAGAACACUGGCCACACAUCUGAUUUGACCACGUCAUCUGAUGCAGAUUGUCGGGAUCUAGAGUGCCCAUUGGAUCGGACAGAACUGGGACGCUCAACGUGGGGGUUCUUGCAUACUAUGGCCGCAUACUACCCGGACAAACCAACAGUUAAUCAGCAAGAAGACAUGAAGCAGUUUGUCACAUUAUUCUCCAAGUUUUUCCCUUGUAAUGAAUGUGCUACUCAUCUAAGAGAGAAGAUAAAUGAGCAUCCUGUUGAUGCAAGAAGUAGACACUAUCUCUCUCAAUGGAUGUGUCACCUUCACAAUGACGUUAAUAGAUACAUAGGAAAGGAGGAAUUUGACUGUUCUAAAGUUGAUGAACGAUGGUUGCAUGGCUGGAAAGAUGGUUCAUGUGAUUAGGAAUAUUUAUCUUUAUCUUAUCUUUGGGAUUUCAAUAAAACAUCAUUAAAAUGUAA